AUGGCCGUCAUCUCCCAUUCCAACCGCUCCUCAAUCCGAGAUCAACUACCGCAGUCGAUAUCGACCUCACGAUCUUCCACCAGAGUUGCUAGUCGCCGCUCUUCACUCGCCUCGCCUUCGGCUCCCUCCUCACCCGCCGUUGACCCUUUCUCCCACGAGGGCCAAGCCGCCUCCACCUCGACGGGCUACCGCCAGAUCGGCCACUUCAGCUCUCCUUCCACGAGCAAGAUCCAGCGAUCCGGAGGCUUGCUCGGCCUUGCAGCUGCUGCAAUCGACAAGACGCAGUCUGCGCUGUCCACCCUGCAGUCACAGUCACAGUCACAACCCGACUACUCCAUACGUCAGCGUUCCUCCAAUUCCGCUUUGGGCAGAGUCGCCUCCAGUGCCGAUUCCGCUUUCAGCCCCACCGACUUGGACAAGAACGCACACGCACGAUACCGAAGGUCCAACAACCAUUCUCCCGCUUCUUCUUCGACAGGCACAUUCGCCGCCGAGGGCAAACACCCGAGUCAGGUGUCGCUGGCCAACGAAGUGCCCUCCUCACCCUAUUCCGACACUGAUCCCAACCGCCCUCUUCAAUCCGCAUCCCAGCCGUCGAGAACAAGAUGCACCAAACUUCUUCGCGGUUGCUCCGCAUGA